AUAAUUUGAACAACGUAAGGUUUACAUUAGAGACACUUGCGCCAAAACGUUAAUCUGUCAGUUUUCUUCCGUGCAUUAUUUAUUCGUUGAUAGAAUCUUCUUGAAAAAAAGUGCCUAAUAUAUUCAGUAGUGGUUUUUAAAAAUGUCGUUAAAGGCGUAUGAAGAUGCGUGUACCAGGGCCGAGUUAUUUGGCCAGCCUAUACCUGAUCGUGAAGAGUUUUUGUCAAAACAUAAACAUUUGGAUGUCGUAGAAUUCGAGGAAGUGGAGAUUCGGACGGCAGAGAACACUGCCAUGCUAGAUGAGCAAUUAAAGGAGGGUACGGGUGGCCUAGCUGAGCUGAACACUAUACUAGACUCUACUCAAACUAAAAUAAAUAAAUUAAAGGGAGUAUGCGGUACGAUCACAAAUUUUUUUCGCGUUAAGAUGUCUGCGAAGGACAACCUGUCCUAUUCCAGUGAACCAAGCUACGUAGGGCAGACGAAUUAUGACAAAGAUUAUAUACCGCCUUCUUCAGAAAACGGCUCCAUAAACAAGGGCCUUGGUCCCGACGACAACGAAAUGACGCCGCGCGCGGGAAAAUCGAAACAAAAUGGCGGUGGCGGUGACAUUAACACCGCUUUGGACGAUUUAAAGAAAAUGGAGGAAAAUUCUUCGUUAUUGGGCAAGGCAGCGGCUAAAGAUAUUGGAAAGCAGGUAAACACACAGAUUAGUAAGCUGGACCAGUUAAUCAAUCAAGCUGAUAGAGCUCAGACGUCUUUGAACCAUCAGAACAAGCAAAUGCGAACAUUUUUGCGAUAAUUUUGUCUGAAUGUUAAUUUUUACUUACUUGUGUCUCAUGUCGCUGCAUCUUAUAACUAAUUAGUCCUGUUUGUAGACUUUUUUAAUGUCGGCUUUGAUCCGCUUAGUGUAUCAAAGCUUAAGUGCCAUUUAAUUCGUAAUGUUAAGAUGAAUGAGACAAGUAUCCAUUUAAAGUGAAAUAUUGAGAAAGGAAAAGAAAAUAAAAUAUAGUUGCAACAGCAUGAGAUGCGGUAAAUGUGUUAAUUAAUGAGAAUUUGUAAGAUCAUGCUUAGCCACAAAUGUCAGAGAGUUACAAAAGUAACGUAAGAAACCAUGAUAUAUUUGCAUCUAUUUCAUUAAUAACAAUUGGAACUUGAUUUUUGACUUGGUAAAAUGAGGUGAGGCUCGUCUGUUGUAAAGGUUGCUACGAAUGUGUUAACUCACCAUAAGGUAAUCUGUAUACUCUGGACCCUUGUCCUGCUGAAUAAUAGUGAGCCUGAUUUUUUUUUGAAAAACCGAAAAAGCCCACUUAGGUACUGAACACAUUUACUGAAAAAGCACAUUUACUUUGCCCGAAGCCUUGUCUGGUCACACUUACGACCACUCGACCAACGAACCAGUCAUUUGUCAAUAGCAAUAUAAACUCAUUUAAUUUCCGCAGAAAUUAGUUCAAGUUCUCAAGGCGAAUUGAAACAAUUUCGCGACGGAAUCUUUUCUGCACUGUUUGGCUUUUGUGGCUAAGUAUUCUAGGAAGUGUACGAAUCAAGAAGUGGGAAAUGACGUGUUUCGGAAAUGACCUUCGGGUUAUUGUUUUUGGGGCUUUAGAGAAUUUUUGCAAAGUUUUGUGACGUGUUUGAAAUUAGGGUUCAGUUAACUAAAAAUUACGAUUUACUCAAGACGCUCAGCGCAGACGCGGCGACCUCGCGCAGUCUACGGCGGGUAGGCUGCGCGUCUGCGCACACUGCUCAUGAUAAAAGAUUAUUUUUACAGCUAAGCUAAUUGGACUAGUAGGUAUAACCUUACGGAUAUAGUCCAGCAUAGUCCUGUUAAAUCUCAUUCGCUAUACGGUAUAAAAUAAAAUAAUGAAGUUAGUAAAUAAAUGAAGAAAAAAGAAUUUAAGUGUGGGAAAGACAUGCUUGCAAGAAUUUUCCGGCGCGACCGGAGUGAUACCACGGAAAGCCGACGUGAAACAACGCUACGCUUGCGUUAUGUUUCGUUGUGUGAGCGGACCGGAGGAUCAAUUACCCCCUUUCCCCAUAUUCCCAAUCCCCGAUUUCCCUAAAUUCCUAACCCCAAAAGGCCGGCAACGCACUUGUAACGCCUCUUGUGUUUCGGAUGUUCAUUGGCCGUGGCGAUUAUUUACCUUCGGGUGAUGCGUCUGCUCGUUUACCGGCUUAUACCACAAAAAGCGAAGAUAUUUCAAUUAAGUACAUAAAGAAGAAUACCUUGUAAAAAUUCUCUAAAGUCUUGUAAAAAGUAUGCUCAAGUAUUGUUGAUAUUAAUAACACCGCUUGUCCAGGUUUGAUCACGUGUUAAGAAAUAAUCACUCUUAUUCUUAUGAUGUUAAAGAUAUUAUUCACUAGUUUUUAAAUUAUUAUUGAUAAUACUUAGUCAAUUUUCUUUUAUAAGUUGUGUUUUAAGGUCUUUGGUCUUUACAUAGGUGCCUCAUAUAAUUCUGUCUAUAAACACAUACAUAGUUACAUAAUAGCUAUUCCCUUAGUACAAGUUUGCUUUACGUUGGGCGCUCUGAUUGGCCGGCUGAAAAAACCAACCAAUCAGAGCGCCGAAUGCGCUCUCGUUUAGAUUACUUUAAAAGUAUGUAAAGCAAACUCAUACUAAGAGUACUAAUAAAUAACACCAUGAUGCCAAAAUAUUUACCUAUAAAAACAUAAUAGUGUCUUUAAGGUUCAAAUUCGUUAGCAGAGGAUUUUUUGAACAAAAUAAAAAUGUUAGUUGACGUCAUGAUGACACGGGCUGAAUUCUAAAAAGUCCUUUGCUAAUAUUGCCUUAACUUUAUGAUAACAAUAAGAUUUUCAAUAUCUAUGAACUAUAUAUUAUGAAUACCUAAUUUUCCAUGGGCACGAGUAACACAAGCCUGUAAAAACUCAUAUUUUCAAAGAAUAGAUGUUAUUUAAAAUAAUUUCUAACGUCAAACGGAAUGUGUACGAUGCGUGCGAUGCGGGCCUGUGGACGCUUAACUUUUAUAGUACCUACGCUUCAUAAUCGUACAGAUUGAAUGUCUAUUUUGGUCAUAUUAAUUGUAAAAUUAUUUUCUUUAUACUUAUUGAAAUUAAAUUUUAAGAAAUUGGUGCUUUCUCUGUGAGUGUGAUCGUUAAAAAAAUUAUGAAUUUGCAUUAGGUGACAAUAUUUAUAUCUGUAUAUCAUUCUAUUGUAUGUAUGUAAUGAUAUAACCCUUUAUAAAGGUUUUCGAAUGUUAGUGUGAUCAUGUAAUCGAUAUAUUAAACUUUAUAACCCGAUAAUCGAUUUGUUGUUGUUAGUGUCAGAAUCGUGUGUUUUAGAUAUAUUUAUGAGGACUGGACCUUAUUCUAUUCAGAUUAAUAAAACAACUGCUGUGGAGGCGAACUUAUAAGGUGUUAUAUGUAUAUACGUUCGAGAUUUCUGUUAAUAAAAAAUAAUUAGGUAAUAUUGAAUAAACACUUUCUCCAAAAACGUUGGAAAACUGAACAAAUGGUUCAUAUUUACAAAAAUUAUCAAUUUUUUUAGUUGACUAUCGUAGUUCUCAUUCUUUACCGACGAACAUGCACGAAAAGACUGAUGACUGUUGAUGAAGCGAAAGAGGUGUGUAAGAUUCGUAGCAAUUGGCGUUCCAUUGUCUCUGCCAAUCCUUACAGGAGACAUGCGUGAGGUUGUGUAUGUCAUCAUGCAACGUCACGUAACGUAACGCGGUAGGCAGAGGUGCACACUAGGCAAUGUUAUGUAUGUAUGUCUCAUUUUAAUGUCUAAUACAAUGCGUCCAAAUCAAUUUAUAAUAGUUAUGCCUGGUGAGCGGCUUAUAUGCUCAGAGAAAUAUAAAAAUACUACAUAGGUAUGUUAUUCCGGCAAUGAUUAGAUACAUAUGAGAUCUAGAAAUAAUUAGCACGAGGUCGGGGCAAGGCAAACCGAAUGUUUAUCAAUGAAGUCUUGAAUUUUAAAGCUCAGGAAUUCUUGAAGGUUGUGAUUACUGAUUGGAGAUGUGUGGUUUUGGAAAAGUGAGUGAUAGUUAUAUUUUCGGAAAGAAAUGCACAAUCUUACCUUGGAUUGCGGCUUGAAAUUUUCAGUAUUUUUACGAUAUUACGUCAAUAGACGUCGCUUAACUUGAUGCCUAUGAAAAGGAUUGGCCACAGAAAGUUCUACCAAGAGACGAGUGGAAGGAGGGUAGGGAGGCCUUUGCCCUGCAGUGUGAGGUUUUCUUGUGUUAAUGGUGACAGUGUCAUAAUUAUAAUGAUAAUUAACAGGAACGGGCAAAGAUACAUAAAAAGCAUCUCUGCCGAUAUGGAAAACGGAGACUAGGUACUGAUUUACUCUAGGAUUCUUCAAUUGAAUUAUAUUUUACUUCUGGUAUCGCUUUAAAUCAAUCUUGUAUCCUCCACAGCCAAGCGUUUGCGGAUUUCAUCGUCUUACUUCUCCGUUGUUGAGUCCUUCACUAGAUUCAGAACAGAGAGUCUAGGCUUAUUACUUUAGUAGCCAGUUUUAAGCUUAAGAUUAAUAUCAUUCUGCAAAUAUCUGUAACACACGGUUUUGACACUAUUUGUAUGAUUAGAAUAUCUGUCUAUAUCCAAGACAAUCUCUUCUUGUUAACCUAUUUAAGCUUGAUCUUCGAAACUGUUCGCAAAUAUAUCUUAGCAUUGUGAUAAAUUGUUGUAUUUAUGACAUUUCAAAAUAAUAUUAGACAUUUUUACAAAACUUCAAGUAAAUGUUUCGAGUAAAAUCGAUCAAUUUUCGUUUCAUCGUGACAUAUGUGAUGUGAAGAUUGUGUUGUGAAAUUCGGUGUUGUAAAAUUGUCUUGUAUUAUUUUUGAAAUGCAGUAUGAAAUAAAUUGAGAUGAAUACUAUGAUAGAUAAUAGCUGGGCCGGUAUCAUAUGGAAGACGCAAGCACUAGUUACUCAAAACUCUUUGUUUCAUCAUCAUAUCAGUCAAAGGACGUCCACUAUUGACCUCCUGCAUCCAGCGGCUCCCCUUGACCUUACCUAAUGGUGUUAAACUCUUAUAAACUCUUUGUUAUUGUCCUGUAAUAUGUAUUUUUCAUUAUGUAAACAACUUUUCCUUUUUCUUAUGUGAAGUUUUAUAAUUUGACUUCUAAAAGAAUAAUGUAUAGCACUCUUAAUGUUCCGUGUUUUAUGUAAAAUAUUAUGUCUGUGGUAUUGUUAGUUGAAUCUGCAUGUUAAAAAGACAUAGGUACAGGAGGUACUUCUAGUAACUAAUUUAAGGUCUAAAGAAAAAAAAAGAGUAUUACUCGGGUCUUGAGUUUUCUAUCAAGUAUUUAUCUCAACAGUAGUGUUAGACACGAGUUGUACAUAACUACAUACAUACAUACAAACAUAGUAACAUUUGUAUGAUUUAUAGCAUUAUUGAAAGAAACCAAAGCUGUGAUUAAU